AUGCUGCACAGUGUCAGUCUUUUGCUCGUGUCGCUCCUUGCGGCACUACCUGUUAAUGCCGAUGGACUAUACACCAAGAAUUCGCCGGUGAUCCAGUUGAAUCCCCAAACCUACAAGUCACUCAUCGCCAAUUCGAAUCAUACCUCGAUCGUCGAAUUCUACGCGCCCUGGUGCGGUCAUUGCAAGAACCUCAAACCUGCCUUUGAAAAAGCCGCGAAAAGCCUCGACGGACUCGCGAAAGUCGCCGCAAUCAACUGCGACGAUGACGAAAAUAAACCCUUCUGCGGACAGAUGGGUGUCCAAGGCUUCCCGACCCUGAAAAUCGUGACACCCUCCAAAAAGCCCGGAAAGCCCCGCGUCGAGGAUUACCAAGGCGCGCGAAGCGCCAAAGGCAUCGUCGAUGCAGUCGUCGAUCACAUCCCCAACCACGUAAAGCGCGCAACGGACAAGGACCUGGACAAAUGGCUUGGACAAAACGGGGACCGGCCCAAGGCUAUCCUCUUCACAGAGAAGGGCACAACUGGCGCGCUGAUCCGCGCCCUGGCAAUUGACUUCCUCGACGCAAUUGACAUCGCCCAAGUACGGAACAAAGAAACCGUCUCCGUGAAGAAGUACGGCGUGACCGAGUUGCCGGCCCUUGUCCUCAUUCCCGGUGCCGACGCCGAGCCGAAAAUCUACGCCGGCGAGCUGAAGAAAAAGCCCAUCACCGAGUUCCUGAGCCAAGCGGCGACCCCAAACCCAGACGCGUCACCCCGUUCCACCUCCAACUCCAAGCCCAAGCCGAAACCAAAGUCCAAGCCCGCUUCUAAGCCUACCGUUGUCGACGACGCCGAAGACCUCAAGCCCACCGCCUCCCAGGACCAGGACGAAACAGACCCUUCCGAUAAGCCUGUUCAGGUCCCCAUUUCCGCCCCCCAAUCCCGACCCUCUCCACCCCCGAAUCCCUCCAUCAUCCUCCCCGAGGCGAGCGAGCCCGACGCCGCGCUUCCAGCAUCUGCUACCGAGGCACUCGCAAGCGUCGCUGAGAUCGGUCACAAGCACGCCCAGCGUGGAACUCAUCUCUUCCCACUGUAUGCUGUCCCUGCUAUCAACACCGGGUCCCAGACUCUACGUGAGGCAUUGGAAUUGGGCGAUGGCCAGACCGUUGAGAUUAUCGCGUUGAAUGCGCGUCGCGGUUGGUGGCGUCGCUUCAGCGGUGCUGAUGCGGACUUUGGAGCUGUUGCUGUUGAGUCUUGGGUUGAUGGGAUUCGGUUGGGUGAGGGUGCUAAGCAGAAGUUGCCUGAGGGUGUUGUUGCCGCUGUUGAGGCUGAGGCUGAGGCUGAACCUGAACCUGAAGCUGAAGCUGAACUCGAGGCCGAGAUUAAGCCUGAGGCGGAAGCUGAGGUUGAAACCGAAGCUGAGACGGUCGAGGUUGAAGUCGAGGCUGAGGAACAGGCUGUGGAGCAUGAUGAGUUGUGA